AUGGCCGCGCCGCCGCCGCCGGUCCGUCGCUGCCCCCCGGCGCUGCCCGCCGCCGAGCCGCUCCUCUUCCUGGCCACCCUGUCCCUCGGUCUGCAGGGCCCGCUCUCCACGCAGUACCUCUGGGACCGGCUGGGGGCCGAGCGUGGCUACAGCGGCCCUAACGCCACCGGCCCCGCCGGCUGCGGGAACGGCAGCGCGGCCACCGACCCGCUGCGGCAGGAGGUGGAAGUGCUGGUCUCCCGUUGGAACCUCUGUAUCAACCUGGGAGGCUUCUUCGUUGGUGUGUUCUCAGUGACUCUCUUUGGACCAUGGAGUGACAGCGUCGGCCGCCGUCCUGCGCUCAUCCUCCCAGCACUGGGUAUGGCCUUGCAAGCGGCCAUCUAUCUCCUCGUCAUGUACCUCCAGCUGCACGUUGCCUACUUUCUUCUUGGCCGUGUUUUGAGCGGCCUCAUGGGAGACUACAACCUGAUCCUGGCCAGUUGCUUCGCCUAUGUGGCCGACACCAGUGAUAAACGCACACGUACGUUCCGCGUGGCCGUGCUUGAGGCGUGCCUGGGCACUGCGGGCAUGCUGGCCAGCAUCGGCGGUGCCCAGUGGCGCAAGGCCCAGGGCUACAUCAACCCCUUCUGGCUCGUACUGGCUGCCAGUCUUGCUGCCACUCUCUACGCCGCUCUCUGUCUCCAGGAGUCGGUGAAGCAGCAGAAACCAGCCAGGCUCUUCACACUCAGUCAUUACAAGACUGUCUACAAGCUGUACACGGCCCCAGAAAACCUCAGCUCCAGGAGGAAGCUCGCUCUUUACACCUUGGCUUUCUUUCUUCUUGUCACAGUACAUUUUGGAGCCAAAGACCUCUUUGUUUUGUAUGAGCUUGGCUCCCCUCUCUGCUGGGCCGCUGACCUCAUUGGGUACGGCUCAGCUGCCACCUACCUGGCUUACCUGAGCAGCCUGGGGGGCCUGCGCCUGCUGCAGCUCUGCCUUGAAGACACUUGGGUGGCAGAGAUAGGAUUGAUCUCCAACAUUUCUGGACUGGUUGUGAUUUCUCUUGCUGCUACGACAUCACUGAUGUUUACAGGUUAUGGGAUUCUGUUCCUUUCCAUGGCAGCCACUCCAGUCAUCAGAGCCAAGCUCUCCAAGCUGGUCAGCGAGACAGAACAGGGUGCUCUCUUUGCUUCUAUUGCCUGUGUGGAAGCGCUGUGUUCACUUGUGGCUACAGGAGUGUUCAACUCUCUCUACCCUGCCAGCUUGCACUUCAUGAGGGGAUUCCCAUUUCUUUUGGGGGCUAUAAUCCUCCUUAUUCCAGCAGCUAUUAUUGGGUGGAUAGAAAUUUGGGACUCAAACCGCGACUACAGUCACUUCUCAGAUGCUUCCCUGUCCCCUGCAGAUGGCUGAGAAGCAACUUAGCAACAAGGACUUGGCCAGCUCAGCAGUGGCCAUCUAAAGACUGCUCUUUAUACUUGCCUUGAAGGACAGAUCAGCGUGGGAGGGACACCCUGUUUGUCCUUACUAAUCUUUAAGCUGGAAAUCGUGGCUCAGACUACCAGUAAGAACUUGACCUGCAGAUGUCAAUGCCUCCUCACUUUUGUGUUUGGCUCAUCAGGCAGAGAAAACCCAAGAGACCUAAAAGCCAGUCGAGAGUAAAAGCUGUUGUUGGCCAUUUGCAAGGCUGGUUAGUGGUUUGGGGUUUGGUGAGGAGGAAAGGUUCAUGCUUUUAGUGGUGAGAGAAGACUGAAUUCUGUUUUAAUUGCCAAAUGUGUGCCCCUCUGAGUACUACAGAGGGAUGAGUUGGUGUAGGGACAGGAUGAGUGUCUUUGGAGGUAAUUUGUUUUUGUUGUGUGGGCGUAAUUUUGUGUCAUUGACCUCAAUUCUGCUGCUCUUCCCAGGAUAUGUUGAUGCCAGCAAGUAAACCCCAUGUUCAUAAUUGUUCUUUUCGAAGCAUUAACUGUACUGCCUCAAUCCUGUUCUCUUAAGACUGCCAUAAACCAGCAGUUCUGUGUACUGCAUUGCACCCAUGGUUGAGAUACAUGCAAUCAUGUCUACUGUGCAGUUGCUUAGCAGACAUGUUACUUUCAGAAGGAAUAAAACCUCCAUUAUCUUCUAUG